AUGGCAAGGUCCGAAGGGCCGCGGCUCUUCCCCAUCCUGAACAAACCUCGUUCUUCCUCACAGGCGGACGACUUCAUCCGAGCGAACGCCUGCAAUAAAUUGACCGUCAUCGCCGAGCAGAUCCGGUACUUGCAGGAGCAGGCUCGAAAGGUCUUGGAUGAAGCUAACAGAGAUGCUGAUCUGCACCAUGUGGCCUGCAACAUCGUGAAGAAGCCAGGAAACAUUUACUACAUGUACAGACGGGAGAGUGGCCAGCGAUACUUCUCCAUCCUGUCUCCCAAGGAAUGGGGGACCAGUCCCCACGAAUUUCUUGGUGCCUAUAAGCUCCAGCACGACAUGUCCUGGACUCCGUUUGAGGACAUUGAGAGACGAGAUGCUGAAAUAAACAUCCUGGAUAAGCUGCUGAGCCGGCAGGCAGCGCUGCCCCCGUGUACAGAGCCCAACUUCCAGGGCCUCACCAAGUGA